AAAAAGUAGAGUGUAGAAAUACCGCCAGUUGGGCGGGGGAGGAAGGAAACCCUAAAAUUGGCUAAUUCUGUAGAGUGUAGAAGAGAAAAGAGCAUUAAUGGCGCAUUCAUAUGCAAGUGCGGGUGAUUCACCACCUCCCUCAAGCCCCGAUACCACCCAAAACAACCUCCAGCAUUUUUUUGUUCUUCACAAAGCAUCUGAAAAGUUAACUUGUAGUGGGAAAGCCCGAAAGAGGCUUGAUCUAAGCCCAACAAAGCUUAAGCCUGAGAAGAAGGAAUGGGAUGAGCGCUGCUUGCGAAUGGAAGCUUUUCAGUUGGUUUGGUCUGGAAUUGACUCCACUAUCAAGGACGUUCUGAGGAAUAUGAAUGCUCGUGUAUUCAAUGACAUACACAGCUGGGUACGGGACUCCUUCAAUACGAAUACUAUCAAACCAUUUCCGCCACCUUCUCCCAUUGUCACCCACCAGCUCUUCACUGCGCUCCUUCUCACCAAGAAUAUGGAGUUUGUUGAUGAUUUCUUGACAUUUCAAGAGCUUGGCCUCUUCUUGAAAUCUCAUGGAUGCCAUGUGGCUAACCUUUCCUCCUUCGACUUUUCACCCAAGAAUGGCAUUGCUGGUUGUCUCACAAGUUUAUUGAGACAGUUUUUGAUGCGGACUUUUGAUGCAGCUGAUAUGUCCAUAUUGGCAUCAUGGUACAGCCAGCAGGGAAACUAUGGUUCUCCAGUGGUUGUCAUUAUAAACGAUAUGGAACGAUGUUGUGGUCCUGUCUUGUCUGAUUUCAUUCUUAUGUUGAGUACAAGAUUUUGCUUACCUGCGCUUGUAACUUGCUCCCUUGUUUCUAUCAGUGAAUGGAUUGUCAAGAUCCCGGUCAUUUUAAUCAUGGGAGUUGCAACAACAUUGGAUGCCCCAAGUAACAUACUUCCUUCAAAUGUGCUGAAGAAGUUGCGCCCUUGCAAGUUCACAUUGGGAUCACCGGCUGAGAGGAUGGAUGCAGUUGUUGAGGCUGCUCUUGUGAGGCAGUGUUCUGGUUUCGCUGUUGGUCAAAAGGUGGCUAUUUUUCUGCGAAACUACUUCUUAAAUCAGGAUGGUACAUUGACAUCUUUUUUUAGAGCUUUGAAGAUAGCAUGUGUCCAACAUUUCUCCACGGAGCCUUUAAGCUUCAUGCUUGGACAGUUGCUUGCUAAAGAAGACAGCAAGGGAUUCCAGAGUGAGAAAGUGGUUAAGGGGGCUUCCGAAAUUUUACUUCAUGCAAGGGAUCAAAUGGCUGAACAAACUGAUAUCCCUAUAGCUCAUUGUUUGACAGUGUUGAAGAGAUUGCAGAUGGUCUGGAGCUCUAUUGUUCUGUGCUUAUAUGAAGCUGGGAAGUGUGGCAAAAUUCAAUUGUUAGACUUAUUUUGCGAGGCACUUGAUCCAGAUAUUUACACCUCAUUGGCUUCUGAUAAUCCCACUGGAAUUGGAGAAAGUUUGGCUACAUCUUUGUCAAGUGAUCACUGUAUGCUUGAACAAGAUUUGAGCUUCCAGAAGGGACAAACUAUUUGUCAGGUAGUACGCAAAGUUAGGGAUCUUCCUGCAGCAUUGCUCUGUCAGUUGCUCAAAAGUUGGGAAGUUCUCACUGUGGAUGUUCCUGAGAUUCACGACAAGGUAAAGGAGUUGCAGGCCUUGUUGAAAUUUGAGGGAGGAAGUUGUAAACCGGAUUUUACCGGCAUAUCCAGGAGACAUACAUCUCACAGUCCCUUAAAAAUUGGCAAGUCACAAUCAAUAAAUGGAAAAGCUGCUAUACUAGUUGAUUGCAUGGUUAGGUAUUUCAUGCGGCCGAUUGAGUGCAUACAAUGUCAUGAAAUUGUUUGCUUUAGAAAUGUUGAAAAACUUCAAUCGGCUUUGAUUGGAGAUUCAAGAAAGAGGAUUCAAGUGGAUCUUUUGGAGUUCCAUAAAAUCCUACGAUGCAGUUGCUGCAGCAGGAGUGGCAACAUUCCAUUGUCAUCCAUGCCCGAUACCUCAAUUGUGUAUACCUUGGCUCAAGAGCAUGGCGAUCUUAUCAAUCUUCACGACUGGUUCCAGUCUUUCAAAACAAUUGCCAGUCAGCCCAGGAGGAAAGGGGAGUGCAUGUUGAAGCAGUCCCCACUACCGAGAAGACGAAAGGAAGUGAAUGAAUCUGAAAACAAAAGCGAAGCAUCUAUUCAAGCCCGAUUUUGCAGGGCAAUUACCGAACUACAAAUUACAGGCCUCAUUCGGAUGCCCAGCAAAAAACGUCGUGACUCUGUGCAGAGAGUGGCCUUUGGCCUGUGACAAGUUACAUAAGUUUGGUUGGCUCAUAAUUUUCCCCUUAAUUGAUACUUUCGGUUACUAAUGUUAUAAUUAAAUAUGAGGUUGGUAGUGGGUUCAAAUAUGCUUUCAUAUAUUUUGAGACAAAAAAAAGUCGAGAUAUGCGGCAUCCAAGAGAGUGCCCAUCGUUUUGAUGUAGGUAAGAUGACAUGAUUGAGUGACCAUAAAGAAAAAGAAAUGUGCAUAUGAAGGAGUGAAGUAGGCUACAA